UCGAAGAUUUUAUAUAUAAAGUCAAUUUCUUGGUGAAAUAAGGCAACUAAUUGUACAUCAAGUUGAGAGUUAAACGACGAUAAACACGAUCAAAGAACGUUUUUCAAAAUGAAGUCUUGCACAGUUUUGUUAUUCCUGCUAUGUGUACCAUUUGUAAUGACACAAUCACAAAAAUGCUUGAUAGGGAGGGGUUCCGAAAUACAAUGCGUUACCAGAGAGAAGAAACCUGAGAGAGGACAUGACGGCCUAAAACCUGUAACCGCAAAAUGCUGCCGCGCACUACUGCCCUCUGAAGAAGUGGAUGUAAACUACAUGCCAAGAUCCACUAUUCUGAGGAUAACGCAUCUACUUUUCAAAACUGAUAUGGUAAGUAGAUAUUCGGUUAAUUCGUAUAAUCGUAUUCUCGCUACAUAAAAUGUGGAUCAGAAA